AUGAAGCUGUCCAUCAUUACCGUUGUCGCGGCCUACGCUGCCGCCACCCAGGGCGCCAUCACCUGGACUCUCCAAAAGGCUACGAACCCUACUGCCGACCAAAGGGAUGCCUACACCAAGAUCGAAGCCGCCAUGCGCCUGGCCGUUGCCCGCCACUCCCGCCUCGGCUCGGCGACGAAGAACCUCCGCGUCUACUACGCUCCCGGCGUUCCUACCGCAGAGGCCAGCUACAACGGCGACGUCCGCUUCGGUUCCAACCGGUCGUACAUGAACGAGCGCACUGCCCUGCACGAGAUCUCUCACACCCUCGGCGUCGGCCAGACCGCUGCCUUUGACCGCAAGUGUGCUGCCGGAGACUGGGCUACGGCCUUGCCUCUCCUGCGAUCUUGGGACGGUAGCAGUGCCAAGAUCAACUGCGGCGGCUCCCACUUUUGGCCGUACGGCUUGAACUACGACAACGAGUGGAGCGAGACGAAUGCCAACAGACAUGUGCAGAUUGUGAAUGCAAUGAUCAAGGAUGGCAUGUAG